UCAGAACGCAUGUCUCACCUGCACAGGUGAGCCCUGGGCAGCAGGGGGAGGUGUUUGUGGGUGGAGUUUAAUGGUGUCCGUGAGUGCGGGGGAGGGGAGGGGGAUUAGGAGGUCGGUGAUCAGCUGUUAAUGGGAUCAGAAGUGCGCGAGGGCUUUAGGAUGAGGCGCCGCAGCGCGCUCACAUUCGCACCUCCACGCGGCUGCAGGAAGGUUCGGGUCCGGUUCUUCCCCCAAAAUGGACCUGCAGCCCCGCACCCCGGCUCUGGCUCCUUCCCCCGCCUCUUACUGGACCGGGUCACGCCUCUGAAGCCGCUCUGCUCUCGGUGCCGAACUUGUCGUUCUGUUGGUUUGGGUUCUUCGCAGGAGCAAAAUGCCGUUCAUGGUGGUGAAGUUCGACCUGCAGAAGCGGGUCCGGCUGGCUCAGGGCGUGUGGAUGCUCUACUGGACCUCGGUUCUGGCGGGGAUCGUGCUCUUCAGCCUCGGCAUCUUCUUCAAGAUCGAGCUGAGGAAGAGGAGCGAGAUCAUGAACAACAGUGAGAGCCACCUGGUGCCGAACCUGCUCAUCCUGCUGAGCCUGCUGGCGUGCGGCAUCAACGCGUUCGGCGGGAAGAUGUGCCACGACUCGCUGGACCCGCAGAAGUUCUCCAAGAUGAAGCCGGCGCUGAAGCCCUUCCUGGCGCUGAGCUGCGGGCUGGUGGCGCUGCUGCUGCUGCAGCUGCUGCUGUGCGCGCUCAUGCAGUUCUCCGUGUACCUGACGCUGGCCGAGGGCCUGCAGUUCGCGCUGCGCUUCUACAAGGACACGGACACGCCGGGCCGCUGCUACAUGAAGAGGACGCUGGACAUGACCCAGAUCGAGUUCCGCUGCUGCGGCAACAACAACUUCCGGGACUGGUUCGAGGUGCAGUGGAUCAGCAACCGGUACCUGGACAUGAGCAACGACGUGGUCAAAGACCGUGUCCUCAGCAACGUGGAGGGUAAGUACCUCAUGGACAGCGUCCCGUUCAGCUGCUGCAACCCCGGGUCCCCGCGGCCCUGCAUCCAGCACCACCUGACCAAUAACUCCGCCCACUAUGACUACGACCACCGCAUCGAGGAGCUCAACAUCUGGACGCGUGGCUGCCGGGAGGCGGUGUUCUCCUACUACAGCAGUAUCAUGAGCGGCACCGGAGUCAUCGUCAUCGUGGUCAUCCUCCUGGAGAUGGCAGACAUGGCGGGGCUGAAGUAUCUGAGCACGGCUCUGGAGACCAUGACCGACCCCGAGAACCCGGAGUGCGAGAGUGAAGGCUGGCUGCUGGAGAAGGGCGUGAAAGAGACUUUUGUCGAGAUGAUCGGCAAGCUGAAAACCCUGGGGAGGGCCAACCAGGUGGAGGAGGGAGGAGACGCACCUGAGGCCGCCACCUGAUGCUCCUCCCCCCUCCACAGCAGACUGAGCGCUUCUCCUCGGAUCCGCGGAGGAGAGGUCACACGUCUCUUCACGUGACGGGAUGAUCACUCUCACCUUUUUUUCAUUUUGUAAAUAUGCAACACAGAUGUUAAACAGACUUUGUUUUUUUAACAGGAUGAACAGAAAUAACUUUCUCGCCCUCAACGACCUCUCAAACGCCAGAGCUGACUUUAGCGCUCUGAGUCAGACCUCAGAGGGGCGCCGUCACGCUCUAGCCGCUCAGGAUUGGUUGGCAUGGAAACCAAACGACCUCAUUUAGGUGGUUAAAGUGCAGAUUACUUCAAGAGUAACAUGAAAACACAAACAAACGCACACACAUUGGUAAACACACACAUAUACACACACAUUGUUAAACACACACAUACACACACAGUGGGGCCGAGUCGCCUCAAAGCUUCAUUUACUGCAUGACUGCAACACAAGUGAACCCGUUAGCGCUGUUGCUAACAAACGGCGUGCUAUCACAGAGGAGGCGGUCCUACAGAAGACAGCUGUCACUCUAUGAGGUGUUCUGGAUUAAAAGACAAUAAUAGAAGUUACAGGUAAACUUUUUGUUGAGGUUAAUUUUAAAUUCCGUUCUCUUUCCUCACCCGUAUUCCCGUUUGGGAUCACGGGGAUCUGGAGUCAGCCGGUCCAUCACAGGACCACUUGGAAAUAAAACAUACAUUUGGUUGUUUUUUUUUUAAAUUCAGUUUAUUUCUUAAAAGUCAGUGACAGCCUGUGUUCCUACAAGCUCCAGACAAACAAUCGGUCAGCUCAAAAACAAUAAAAAAAACAAAAUAAAGCCAAUUUCUAGUUGUUUGCAGUAAAAUUUAAUCUUUAAUAAUCUGAGAUUAUGAUAGUCCGAUGCAGUUCUAGUCAUUCCAAUGAAGCCAAACAACCAAAUUAUGAAUGUAUUUUAAUAAUGGGUUUAUCCAUUGGCAGUAUAUGAGAACUGGACUGAGUGGCCCCUCCCUCCUCGUGUUCCUAUAGACUUGUAUAGAGAAAUAAACUACAAUUCCUGUCAUUUUAUUGGUCAGAAUAAACAUUUUGCUCUUUUUUAUUAAUUUUAAUCCUAAUGUUUUAAUAGUUUUUUAGGCCCAGGAAUCGAUUAAAACAAUUUAACUAGUUAAUCGCAAACCUGGGAAAAAAUAAUUGCGAUUAAUAUAAUUUUGGUUGCAGUAUUUGGCCACCACUUAUUCUCUGCGAAUAAUCACAAGCUGAACAUUAAGAACGUUUAUCUGUAGUUAGGGCUCUCAAUCUAUUAAAAAAAAUCUGAUUAAUCCCACUUUUGUGUUGCGAUUAAUCGUGAUUAAUCGAGAUUAAUCGUGAUUUUACAUGUUACUAGGAACAUUUCAUAUGACAACAUGUACAAAACACAUCAGCGGUAAGAUGAGCAGAACUCUAAAGACUUUGUUUUGAGUUUUACUCCAUGAAAACCAGUUGAAUGUUUAUUUAUUUUGUAAGCGAUCAUAGGAUAAGUGAGAUAAUACCUGACAGUUUUAUGCAGACAUGGAAGCCUGAACCACCGAGGAGAAUCUAAGGACCGUUUCUUUAUGAAAUGUAAUUAAUUUGUGUUUAUAAAUAUUAACACGUUAAUUCUUUAUGAUUCAUAACAUUCACACCUCUUUGUUUUUUUUCUUCUGUGGUUCAAGUUAUUCAAUCUGACCAAUCAGAAGCCUCGAUAAAAGUGUCUGGUCUUUCAUGGAGAGUUGGACAGAUUCUCCCGAGCCUCCUUUUGGCGGCAGGGGUGUGGUCGUCUGACAUGCUCACUCCUGAUUGGAGAGAGUGGUUACCAUAGAAACGUAGACAUGGACCAAUCACUGCGUAAUGACAGAUUCUGGCUCCAACAUGGCCACGCCCGUAUUGUGAGAAAAUGGCAACUGAAAUGACAGUUUCCUUGGAACCAAAAGUACCCCAACACUCGCUCGGUCCAGUUCUCAUAUACAGUCUAUGGUUGGAGGAAGAUUCCCACCUUCAGCGACGGUAGAGAUCCUGUCUAGUGUAAACGGUGCUUUUGGAUCAGCACAGCGCCACCUUCUGUUCCGUUUAGCAGCCAAAAACCAAAUGUGACAUAGGUGCUACGAGUUAGUCGACGACACAAAAAAUAAGCUAGCUCAGGAUCAAACUCCGGGCGGUGUGGAGUUAGGAGAGAACGUAAUCCGGUACAAAGCAGUCGUGGUGUGAGGUGUGGACCUGAACUAGUGAGUAAACAGGUGUGUUACACUCAGGUAAACAAGGAAAAUAAAUGUUGAAUGACUGAUGGUUUCUGUGACGGCGCCGUUUGUUCACAUGAAAACACAGCUUAGCCAGGUUUACUCAGUCUCAGCCGCAGCUGGACUGAUUCUCACGUGAACAUGCACGUGCACGCUCACAUGCUCCCACUGAUGUUGCAGAACCAAAGACUCUGACGGAUGCUGGCGAGCGGCGGCCGCAUCGACGGUUCUCGGGUCUAGAUCGGAUCAGUAGCCGUACAGUCAGAAUCAUUCGCAGCUCUUCCUUUUGUUGUGCUGUUUGUUGUUUGAACUUGUAGAUGCUCAGAAACUAUAAAAGGGAAUUUGUGACAUCAAA